AUGGCGACCAACGGUAAUGUUAAUCACGACCAGUACGCGGCUGCCCCGGCCCAGAAGACUGAGGCGCCUACCGCCAACAACACCAACACCGAGAGCUCGGCUCGCGAUCUCCCCAAGGACGAGGUCGGUUGGUAUUUUGUCGAGCAGUACUACACAACCCUGAGCAAAUCCCCCGAGAGGCUGCACCUGUUCUACGGCAAGGGAUCGCAGUUCGUGGUUGGCCUCGAGGCUAAGGUGGUUCCUGUUUCAGUCGGUCGUCAUGCCAUUCAAAACCGCAUCAAGGAGCUGGAGUUCCAGGACACCAAGGUUCGUAUCUCCAACGUCGAUGCCCAGGGCUCCGGCGACAACAUCGUCAUCCAGGUCAUCGGCGAGAUCUCCAACAGGGGCGAGGAACCCAAGAAGUUUGUCCAGACCUUCGUGCUUGCCCAGCAGCCGUCUGGCUACUUCGUGCUCAACGACAUUCUGAGGUAUCUCGAAGAAGAGGUGGAGGAGGAGCCUGAAGCUCCUGUUGAGGAACCUGCGGCUCCCGCUGAGCAACCUGCCGCUCCUGUUGAAGCUGAGGCUAAGUCUGAAGCCCCCGCUGCUGAGGAGCCCGCCCCUCCUGCUCAGGAGCAAACCCAGCUGGACACAGCCGCUGUUACCGAGAAGCUCGAGGAGGCUGCUGCCGUUGAGACCCCGGCCGCUGAGGCUACUCCUGCUCCUGAGCCCGUUGCUGAGGCUCAGGAGAAGCCGGCUGAGGAACCUGAGGCCAAACCUGAUGUUGAAAAGACCGUUCAGGAGAUUGCUGAGGAGGAAGUUAAGAAGCCCGAGGAGCCUAAGGACCCCAGCCCUACUCCUGCUGCUACUGCUGCUCCGGCCCCUGCGCAGGCUCCGGCCCCGGUUCCGGCUCCGGCUCCUGCCCAGCCUGAGAAGCCGAAGGAGCCCCCAAAGCCUAUGUCGUGGGCUAGUCGUGUGGCUGCUACCGUUCCUCGUCCCGCUGUUCCGGUUGUUCCUAAGCCUGCUACCCCGCCCACGCAGGCUCACCCUCGCGCUCCUGCCCCUGCGCAGGCCCCGGCCCCUGCUGCUCCUCAGCAGCAGUCCGAGAACACUCCGACCCAAACCUCAACUAAGGAUAAGGAUUCCGGUAACGAGUGGCAGACUGCCGAGACCAAGCGCCAGAACCGCCAGUCUCAAGCUGCCGCUGCGGAGAAGGAAUACACCAUGGCGUAUGUCAAGUCCGUCACCGAGAAGGUCGAGGAGGGCAAGCUGAAGGCUCACCUUGAGUCUUUUGGCGAGCUGGUGUACUUCGACAUCAACCGUACCAAGAACUGCGCGUUCGUCGAGUUCAAGACUGUUGCCGGCUACAACGCUUGCAUCAAUGCCAACCCCCACACCGUCUGCGGCGAGACCAUCUAUGUCGAGCAGCGCCGUCCAAAGGCUAAUGCCUAUGGCGGCUCCAACUACAACGCCCGUGGCUCCGGUCGCGGCGGCCGUGGUGGCUAUGAGUCCACUCGCACUGGCAGCUCCGGCGGUCGUGGUGGCUUCAACCAGGCCCGUGGCCGUGGCGGCGGUCCCCGUGGCAGUCGCGGCGGUGCCCAGGCCGGCACUGCCUAA